ACGCAAGUUCAGGCGUUGCAGAUUGAAGCAAUGUCGGGAAGGAUUUCAGCUCCGAGAUAUUGCCAAGCCUGCUCACACCUGAGCUGAUAUGACAUCGGCACCGGAGUGCAUCUGGUUGUGCUGACAUGCGCCUACAUAUGCGUCGUGACGCAGGUUCAAUAUCGGCUGUCAUGGAGGAAGCUUCUAUUCUGGUGGUCAGCAGCACUUCCGGCUGGUGGUCCCCCGACGCAGGUCUUCCGAACCAUGUACAUAAGAACGACGCUACACGCACGAGUGUCAACUUGUCAGCCUAUCGACAUUGCAGAUCGUGAUAGAAGUCGUUCACGAUGUCAAUAUCAAAACGCCUCUCGCCAUCAUGCCAGCAGGUCGUUCGGGAAGAACUGGACGGCUUACCAUCAACGGCCAAAGUGACAGUCAGAUCAUGCCUCGCAGACCCUGACUUGAGCCCAGUUGUGCUUGCCCACAAGUGUAACGACUGUGUUCUGACACCCUCCGGCCUCUACUCUGACAUGGUCCUCACCGUCGCCAGCCACAUCCACCGCGCCUACGAACCCAACACCGAGGUCCCAGGCAUAAACGUUAGCGACCUUCAAGUCCACAAACCCCUCAUCGUCAAAGAACCAACCAACCUCGCGUCCCUCUUCAUCGAGAUGGAAGUCAAGGCCUCGUCCAAGGACCCCAAAAUAAGUUCCACAACCCUUCACUGCACCUUCCACUCCACCACCCCAACCGGCACCCGACUCCAAGAAAUGGGCCACUGCACCGCAACUUACGAAUCCUCUUCAAAGUGGCUCCAAACCUGGUUCCCCUACACUCCAAUAAUCCUUAACCGCAUAUCCUCCCUCCAGACAGCCGCAAUCAAAGAGAACAACCUCUCAGUUCAACUCGUCCAGCGCACAAAAGCCUACAAACUCUUCUCCUCUUUCGUGCAAUACGGCCCCAAGUACCAAAACAUGUCCGAAGUCAUUUUCGAUACUCGAAUAUUGGAAGCUACAGCCACGAUCGACUUGGUCCAUCUCGACUUUCAAAAAGACUUUCUCGGACCUUACCUUCUCGAUGCAACAGGCCACUUGAGCGGAUUCGUGUGUAAUGCCGUGGAGAAAGAUGGGGAUAAAUUCGCGUACAUCAAUGGUGGCGUAGGAGCGAUGAAAUUGAGCAGCAAAUUCCAGCCGGAGAAGGUGAAAGUGGGGCAAAGUACUCUGCAGAACUAUGUCCAGAUGAGGAUUCUGCCAAGUGACAAGACGGUUUUGCAAGGUGACGUUUUUGUUCUGCAGGACGAGGAGAUUGUAGGUGUUUGGGAACAAGUGAGAUUUAAGAGGAUUCCAAGGAGGGUUUUGGAUGUUUUCUUGCCGAAGCCGAAGGCGGCGGGGAAGAAGUGAGAAAGGAUCUUCCAAUUGCAUACAAGGGAUCGCAGUCCUUCCUCAUGCGCCCAUCUCUACAGGAUUGCGAUCAUACCUCACUUCUCCGCGCCAAAAGAGUCGCGCCCGCACGCCAAGUCUGCGUCUAACCAGGAUGACCAAUGCGAAUCCCGGCCUUCCCGAUCUUUCACGUGCAUCUUGUGCAUGACUAACCCUCCCGAACUAUCCGUACCUCGUCCCUGGCAAAGUCUCUGGAAAUUAAACACAAUUGCUACCAAUCACCUGGAGACACAUGCUGCUGGCACCCAUACAAUGUACAAGCUGAGUUCCUGAAUCCAGGUGGUUUGUUCGAUGCAGCAAUCCGUAUGAGUACGACCGAGGAUUCUGUGAGGAGCUGCAGUGACAUCGUGUGAGCAUCAAACCUCAUGCGAUUGUCCAAGUAGCUUCCGGAUCUGCCGCGUUUGAGAGGGAUGUUUGGAUCUCUCCCACACGACAUGACAGGUUCAACCACGUACAGGGCCAGGAUCAAUAGCUUCCGAAACACCCAGAUCAUCUCAUGC